AAAUACUUAAUGUAAUUAGAUGAAGUUUUGACUCAGUAGUUUGAACACUUAACCUUCAAUAGCCAAGUUAAAAUUUGGAAAAUCAAGCCAUCUCACUCAAUUGCUUCAUCGAAAUCACUACUGUUUCAAGAGAGACAUAUGAUCAAAUAAACGCAACCAAUGUAUAAUUUUUUCAAAAAUCGUACUAUACUGAAAUAAAUAAAUAUGUAUACAAACAGUUCGCUCCAAAAUGAUAAAAGAGAUAUGUGUGGAUGCAAAAGCAACAAACAUCUUUCUUUUGAUAAGAAUUCUAAACAAAAUUCUCUCGAGUCUUCUUUACCGAUACAAUUGGAUCAUGUUGAUCAGUAUUAUUAUGAAUUAAUGAAAUUGUAUUCAACAUCAAAAAAUUGUGGUGAAAACUCUAAAACCUCUGAUUUUUAUCGCCAGAAACCACUUACUACUACAUUUAUAAGUAGUUCAAAUUAUUCAGCAGAAUUUCAAAAUUCAAAUAUGCUCUGUUGUUUCUGUUGUAGUGAACACGAUAUUGGUAAUCAUGAUAAAAAUAUUGUUGAUUAUUUAAGCAGUUGUUGUCAUUCACAGAAAUUACAACGUAUUAUACAUCAUCUAAUACUAAUUUUAUUAGGGAUUUCAAUAGUUUUGUCUAUAAUACUAUCUUUACUAGGUAUUUUUUUAAAUUAUCGAGCUUGUUUAACAGCUGGUUGUAUUCUAGGCAUAGCGAGUUUCGGUGCGUUAUUACAUAGUUGUUUAAGGCAUCGUGCAUUGCCGAAUUCAUCAAUGCCAAUUAUAUUAGGCCAAUCAUAUAUGCAUCCCAUAGUGAAUAAUAUGCCAUUAUCAAUGAAUAAACUUUAUAGAAAACAUCAACAAUUUCCUCAGAGACACCGACAAUUGUUAAAUUACGAUUAUUCAAAGAAAGAUUUAAUCAAACAUUCAUAUUUUGCACCCAGAGAUGGUUAUUAUACUGACAACCAGGAUUAUAAUAAUUUUAAAAAUAAUCAUGGUAAAAAUAUUCCAAUAAUAAGUAAGAGAAAUCCAGAUAAAUUAUGCCAUACUUAUCAAUUACAAACUACCACUGAUGUGGAGUAUAAUCAUUCAGGUAACAAAAGAAAUAUAGAAUGUUCAAGUGAUUCAUCAUCACUACCAUCAAUAACAUUGUCAGUAACAACUGUGUCAGGAGACGUAGUGGCGACGACAUCAGUAGCAAUAACAACACCAACAACAACAAAAAACACAGUAACCUCGUCACAAAAACGCUAUGAUGAUAAUAAUAGCAAUGAACAAAACAAAUCUCUAGACAAGAAUCCGUCGAAGUGUGGUGAUAACAAAUCACCAACUUUUAUCGAAUGUGAAAUUUGUCGACCCAAUUCAUCACAUCCUACGGAUUACGAGUAUCAAAGAAAUCAUAUGGAUUAUGCUCAUUCAAACAAUUUAGUCAGUGAAUCAAUGAACUAUGUACCAAGAUCCUCUUCACCAUGUUCUUCAAUUAAAGCUUCUAAUGUACAACGAUCACAGUUCACGUAUUCUGAUUCAUGUGAUUUAAGUUUAUCAUCAGAAAUCAAAGCAGAAUCACAAGAUCAAAUCAAACAUAUGAGUCCCAUUCAACAAAACACACUUACUCAUAUACAACCAAAUUCUUUAAAUUCAUGUGACAUUGAAGCUGAUAAACAGUUUCAUCCAUAUUAUUCUGGAAAUCCAUUAUUUGAUGGCAAAUCAAAUCUUUUCAGUCGUAAUGAACAGCCAAAACAUUUAAACUCUUUUAUGAUUUAUCCGAAGUCUAAAUCAAGAAAUAAAAUAAUUUUAAGAAAUUAUUUAAAUUUAUUGGAUGGAUUAUAUCGUCCUGUAAAUCAUUCACAGGGACCAAACUAUUCUAGUGAUCGUUUUAAUGAAGAAUACAACAAUGAUAUAUUUGAUCCACGUGUAUGGCUAAGUUAGAAUAAUUGGAUAGAUAAAUAAUGGAACUACUUUCUUAGCAUCAUUAUACGUGUAUCCAUCAAUGUAAUGUAAUGACGAACUAGUUAAAAGAUAUGUAGUG